UGGAGAGCCAUAGAUGUGCUUGUCCUAUGGUUUGAUUCCCUGUAGAUGUGAUGAAACGAAAUUAAGGAGAACUUGUAAGAAAGCUCUUUGAUGUCCAAGAUCCAAUUUGUCUCUUCACCUCUCCAAUCAAGAUCCCCACGAAUCAAAUUUAUUGCCUCCAAAGAAUCAGGCUCGAUCAAACUCGAUCCCUACAAAUUCUCCGUCAAGAAUCUCCCGCGAUUCCCACAAAAUAUUGUGGAAAAUUUUGGAAGAAUGGAGAAUUAAGUAGAGGGCAGGACGGGAAACCUUCUACAAUUUACAAGAGCAUUAAAAAUUUAUCAUAUAAAAACGAAAAACACGUUUCCAUUACCUCCUCAGAAGUCAGAACAGUGAAAUUUUGUCCUCGCAAAAUCGAAUCACAGCUCAUUUGAUCGUUCGUUCAUGGUGGACUGCUCAAUUUCCCAAUGUCUCCGACUCUGAGCUCUCAUCUUCUCAAGACCACUCUCUCCCUCUCACUUUCAUCUUCCAUUAACUUCUCUUCCAAAUGUCGUUUCUCUUCCGUUUUUGCUCCUCGCCCCCUCAUCGCUAGGCUCUCCCGCUGCUGCCUCUCCACCAAGACCGCCGUCGGCUCCGCUCCUGAUUCUGCCAUGGAUGCCGUCCAGAGGCGCCUUAUGUUCGAUGAUGAAUGCAUUUUGGUGGACGAAAAUGAUAAUAUUGUUGGUCAUGAUUCUAAAUAUAAUUGUCACUUGAUGGAUAAUAUUGAGUCAAACAAAGCGCUCCAUAGAGCUUUCAGUGUCUUCUUGUUUAACUCUAGAUUUGAGUUGCUUCUUCAGCAACGUUCUCCUACGAAGGUAACAUUUCCUCUUGUUUGGACGAACACUUGCUGCAGCCAUCCAUUGUACAGGGAAUCUGAGCUUAUUGAGGAGGAUUCACUUGGAGUAAGGAAUGCUGCACAGAGGAAACUUUUUGAUGAACUUGGUAUUGCUGCUGAAGACRUGCCGGUUGAUCAAUUCAUUUCUAUUGGCCGCAUUCUCUACAAGGCACCAUCUGAUGGAAGAUGGGGAGAGCACGAGCUUGAUUACCUCCUCUUCGUGGUUCGGAACAUAAAUGUCAAUCUGAACCCAGACGAAGUGGCGGAUAUCAAAUACGUGAACCAGGAACAAUUGAAAGAGCUGUUGAGGAAAGCAGAUGCUGGAGAAGAUGGGGUAAAGUUGUCGCCUUGGUUCAGGYUGGUUGUGAACAACUUCUUAUUCAAGUGGUGGGACCAUCUUGAGAAGGGGACUCUCCAGGAAGUUGUUGACAUGAAAACCAUUCACAAGCUUACCUAAAGCCUGGUUGCAGCCUACUUUCAGUUCUGAAUAUCAAYUGAUAUUUUGUUGGUAAUUUUGUGUGAUUAUGAUCAUAAAAUAAAGAUGGGUAUAAUAAUUGGGAUAUCAACACAAGUAGACCAUUUAUGUAACAUUUUUGCUCAAUUAACAAUAGAGCUCAGAAAACUAGAAACCUUUGUCAUCUUUUUAUUGGUAGUUUUCUUUCAGCCUU